AUGCCUGCGGUUCUGCUGAUCGACUCGCACAGGUGGGCAGGAGCGCUGCGCCAACAAGGAGGGCCAAUGGCUCCAGCAGUGGUUGAAAAGAGGUCCACGGAACAGACUUGUGCUUCCAGUGGUGACAAUCUCUGCCCUGAUCCUGAGAGUGAUAAGGCUGAUAAGGAAUCGCAUUUGCGUGGGCUUCAGCGUGUAGUGUUGGAGGUUCGGCAAGUCCUCCGCGAGGAGUUGGAAAGCCGCCUGCGUCGGGUCAUGACCGAGGAGAUGUUGCCCCUGCGCUUGGACCUGGUGCAGAGGCAGCAGCAAGUGCAGCAGAUGCAGCUCCAAGAGCAUCUCCGUGCUGUUUGGAACUCAGUGCUGGUCCUUUCAGUGGAGGCAUACUGGGCAGGGACCGUCAGCGAGGGGGAAGUAGUAAGGAAAAUCCUGGAUAAUGCUCUAUCAGGGGUGCCCCUGCCAAUCUCAUGGGAGGUGAUCGAAAGCGAAGGAUCUCCGCCAUUUUUCAACAACAAAACCACGGGCGAGACCACCUGGGAUCAUCCGUUGCAUGAGCAUCUUGAAGAACUAUCAGCCUUAGCCUUGAGGUGUUUGGCCUUGAAGUCCAAUGAGCGAUGGCAGGCAGCCAAGCUGCUUCGCCAGCGCUUUCAGGCUGAAGCGGUGCGAGAGUACCGGUGUUGGUACACUGCUGAGGACAGCAGCUCUGGUAGUUGUUAUUUCUGCCACACAACCACGGGCGAAGCCAUGUGGGAACACCCUGCGGGCGUCGUCCUACCACAGUUCUAUCUGAAGAUUAGGUGUGCCGAGUUGCUUCAGGACAACGACUACCUUCGAGGUUUGUUCGAGGCUGAAGACCCCCCGACGCCAGAAGGCCGUAUUGGAAGAACAAUCUCCAAGCUCCUAGGUCUUCGUUCCGUCUCCAAAGAUAGUCUGACGAGCCAGGCUCAACUCUCCGCGUGCAGCACAGCCUCGUUUCCUUCCGAGGGGCUCGAUGAUGACUCGGAGGAUGAGAAGGGCAUAGAGUCAGAGGAUGAGGCGGCACCCGAAGUUGCGCUGCUGGUGGACAGUUGGUCCCUUGAGCCAUGA